GAAAUCCCAGCAAUUGAAAUACCACACGGGGCAAAACUGAAUUAAAUUUUCACAAAGGACGCUGCAGUCGUUGCGUUCACAAACAAAAUGGCUGAGGCGGAAGGUGGCUCCGAGCAGGAUGAUGUUUCAUUCCUGAGAACGGAAGACAUGGUCACGCUCUCCUGUACGGCAACGGGUGAACGUGUCUGUCUGGCCGCCGAGGGAUUUGGUAAUCGGCAUUGUUUCCUUGAAAAUAUUGCCGAUAAGAAUGUGCCCCCCGAUCUAUCGCAAUGUGUAUUUGUUAUCGAGCAAGCUCUAUCCGUGCGUGCUCUACAGGAAUUGGUCACAGCUGCCGGUUCGGAGACUGGUAAAGGCACUGGCUCCGGUCACAGGACAUUGCUAUAUGGCAAUGCCAUUUUAUUAAGACAUCACAAUAGUGAUAUGUACUUGGCUUGCCUUUCGACCUCAUCGUCAAAUGAUAAGCUAUCCUUCGAUGUGGGUCUACAGGAGCAUAGCCAGGGUGAAGCCUGCUGGUGGACUGUCCAUCCGGCAAGCAAACAGCGUUCAGAAGGUGAAAAAGUUCGUGUCGGUGAUGAUUUGAUUUUGGUUUCGGUGGCCACAGAACGUUAUCUGCAUACCACCAAAGAGAAUGAGCAAUCGAUUGUCAAUGCCAGUUUCCAUGUCACCCAUUGGUCAGUGCAACCCUACGGCACGGGUAUAUCGAGAAUGAAGUAUGUGGGUUAUGUUUUUGGCGGUGAUGUUUUGCGUUUCUUUCACGGCGGCGACGAAUGUCUCACCAUACCGAGUACUUGGGGCAGAGAAGCGGGUCAAAACAUUGUUGUCUAUGAAGGCGGCGUGGUUAUGGCCCAGGCUCGCUCUUUGUGGCGUCUGGAAUUGGCACGUACUAAAUGGACUGGUGGCUUCAUCAAUUGGUAUCAUCCUAUGCGCAUUCGUCACAUAACCACGGGACGCUAUUUGGGUGUCAACGAUAGCAACGAAUUGAUUUUGGUAAAAAAAGAGGAGGCUUCCAUAGCCACAACGACUUUCUGCCUAAGGCAGGAAAAGGAUGACGAAAAGAAAGUGCUUGAGGAUAAGGAUUUGGAGGUCAUUGGUUCACCGAUUAUUAAAUAUGGUGAUACCACUGUCAUAGUACAGCACUGCGAAACGAGUCUGUGGCUCAGUUAUAAGAGCUAUGAAACGAAAAAGAAGGGUGUGGGUAAAGUCGAAGAGAAGCAGGCCAUUCUCCAUGAGGAGGGUAAAAUGGAUGAUUGUUUGGACUUUUCACGCUCUCAGGAGGAGGAAUCAAAGACAGCUCGAGUCAUUCGCAAAUGCAGCAGCCUUUUUACACAAUUUAUAACUGCAUUGGAAACACUGCAAUCCAAUCGCCGGCAUUCGAUUUUCUUUCAGAAAGUCAAUCUAAACGAAAUGGUCAUGUGUCUAGAGGAUUUGAUAAACUAUUUCUCUCAACCAGAAGAUGAUAUGGAACAUGAGGAGAAACAGAAUCGUUUUCGUGCCCUGCGCAAUCGUCAGGAUCUCUUCCAGGAGGAGGGCGUUCUUAAUCUCAUUUUAGAGGCCAUUGACAAGAUCAAUAUAAUCACUUCACAGGGAUUUUUGGCCAGUUUUCUGGCUGGCGACGAGACUGGCCAGAGUUGGGAUCUCAUUUCCACAUAUUUGUAUCAACUACUCGCCGCCAUUAUCAAGGGAAAUCACACGAAUUGUGCCCAGUUUGCCAAUAGCAAUCGCUUGAAUUGGCUUUUUUCACGUCUUGGCUCUCAGGCUUCCAGUGAGGGUUCCGGCAUGUUGGAUGUACUUCAUUGUGUACUUAUUGACUCACCUGAAGCUCUUAAUAUGAUGAGAGAUGAGCAUAUUAAGGUCAUUAUUUCUCUAUUGGAGAAACAUGGAAGAGAUCCCAAAGUUUUGGAUGUACUUUGCUCUCUGUGUGUCGGUAAUGGAGUCGCUGUGCGUUCGUCGCAAAAUAAUAUCUGUGACUUUUUGUUGCCGGGAAAGAAUCUUCUACUCCAGACACUUCUUGUGGAUCAUGUGGCCAGUAUACGACCAAAUAUAUUUGUGGGUCGUGUGGAUGGUUCGUCCAUGUAUCAGAAAUGGUAUUUUGAGGUGACCAUGGAUCACAUUGAGCAAACAACUCACAUGAUGCCACAUUUGAGAAUUGGUUGGGCCAAUACAUCCGGCUAUGUGCCAUAUCCUGGUGGUGGCAAAAAAUGGGGUGGCAACGGCGUUGGCGAUGAUCUCUAUUCAUUUGGUUUUGAUGGCGCCUAUCUGUGGACAGGAGGACGCAAAACUCUUGUUGUCGAUGCCCUGGUUGAGGAGCCAUACAUACGAAAGGGCGAUGUUAUUGGUGUGGCCAUCGAUUUGGCUGUCCCCGUCAUCACGUUCACUUUCAACGGCAUCAAAGUGCGUGGUUGCUUCCGUGACUUUAAUUUGGAUGGCAUGUUCUUCCCAGUGAUGAGUUGCUCAUCGAAACUUAGUUGCCGCUUCUUAUUUGGCGGUGAUCAUGGUCGUCUGAAGUAUGCUCCACCCAUGGGAUUUUCUGCUCUCGUACAGUGCCUCAUGCCACAUCAGAUAUUGAGUUUGGAUCCUUGCUUUUAUUUUGGCAAUCUUAAUAAGAAUGUUUUAGCCGGUCCAUGGCUAAUUGAAGAUGAUACGGCCUUUGUGCCCAAGCCUGUAGAUACCACGGGCGUUACACUGCCCAGUUCGGUGGAUCAGAUAAAGGAGAAACUGGCAGAGAAUAUACACGAAAUGUGGGCUUUGAAUAAAAUUGAAGCUGGUUGGUCCUGGGGCGAACAUCGUGAUGACUAUCAUCGCAUUCAUCCAUGUCUAACCCAAUUUGAGAAGUUGCCAGCUGCCGAGAAGCGAUAUGACAAUCAACUAGCUGUUCAGACAUUAAAGACAAUCAUUUCGUUGGGUUACUAUAUAACCAUGGAUAAACCGCCAGCACGUAUACGACCUGUACGCCUGCCAAAUGAGAUCUUUAUGCAGGGCAAUGGCUAUAAACCCGCACCACUUGAUCUUAGUGCUGUGACUCUAACACCAAAACUCGAAGAACUGGUCGAUCAACUGGCCGAGAACACCCACAAUUUGUGGGCACGUGAACGCAUUCAACAGGGCUGGACAUAUGGUCUCAACGAAGACUCCGACAAUCAUCGUAGUCCGCAUUUAGUACCUUACGGCAAGGUAGAUGAAGCCAUCAAGAAGGCCAAUCGUGACACUGCCUCUGAAACAGUACGCACUCUAUUGGUCUAUGGUUAUGUUUUGGAUCCACCAACCGGUGAAGGCACAGAAGCCCUACUUGCCGAAGCGCAACGUUUGAAAUUUGCCGCCUUCCGUACUUAUCGUGUGGAGCGCAAUUACGCCGUAACCUCGGGCAAAUGGUAUUUCGAAUUUGAAGUCUUGACCGCCGGACCCAUGCGUGUGGGUUGGGCACGUGCUGACUGCUAUCCGGGUGCCAUGUUGGGCAGUGAGGACACCAGUUGGGCAUUUGAUGGACAUAAUGAAGAGAAAGUAUAUGGUGGCAACAGUGAAUCGUUUGGUAAACAAUGUGGACCCGGGGAUAUAGUUGGCGUAUUUUUAGAUCUAGCCGAUCAUACAAUUAGCUUCUCGCUUAAUGGAGAACUUCUAAUGGAUGCUCUGGGCGGUGAGACAACCUUUGCCGAGGUCACAGCAGAGGGAGUUGGCUUUGUGCCCGCCUGUACCCUGGGCGUGGGUCAAAAGGCACGAGUUAUUUAUGGACAGGAUGUGGACUCUUUGAAAUUCUUUACCACUUGUGGUCUACAAGAGGGUUACGAACCCUUCUGUGUCAACAUGCGUCGUCCUGUGACCCAUUGGUAUACCAAGGAUCAACCUAUAUUCGAGAAUACCGAAGAGAUGCCCGAUUGUCGCAUUGAUGUCACACGCAUUCCUGGCGGCGCAGAUACUCCACCGCAUUUAAAAAUCUCACACAACACUUUCGAGACCAUGGAGAAGGCCAAUUGGGAGUUUUUGCGUCUAUCAUUGCCUGUGACCUGUAUGAGUGAGUUUAUAAGCGAACAGGACAAGGCCAGACGUUGGGAGGAAAUCAAGAUACGUCAAUAUCGUUUGAUGCGUGAAGCUGAGGCAGCAGCGGCCCAAGCGGCACAGACCCAAAAUGCUGCCCACAUGGAUCACAUGCUGAAGGGAGGCUUCAAUAUGAAUGAUAUUAAGGGUCUAACUCGCAAUUUCGAUGAUCACACCGAAGCGGAAGCUGAGCAUAUGAUGCGCACUAGUCCAUCGAGACCGCCGAGGAAGGGUUCUCUAACACGUAACAUUACCUUCGAAUCGGAUAUGACAGCAGCCUUGGAUGAAAUGCAGCGAUCUACAUCAGUUCUCGACAUGAAUGGCAUGGGAGAGGAGCUAGAUGAUAAGAAGAAACGUGGACGUAGUCCAUUCAAAUUCUUCUCCAAAAAAUCACGCGAUCAGAGUCGCGAAAAAAUGGGUGGACGAAAUUUGGACACAUCAUUGGAGCGCCGGAAUACAGUGGCCCAUGGCAGAAAUGUGGUUAAUCAACAGAUGACCACAAGAACACCAACUCUAAGGUUGAAUAAUGCCGAUAUCCCACCCAGUCCAGUGGCCCAGGGUCCUAAGCAGUUGAGCUCUUCAAAUCUAGGACAACCACCGGUGGAAUCAUCGGGCAAUGAGAUGUUCGAUGCUGAGUGUCUGAAAAUGAUCAAUGAAUACUUUUAUGGUGUACGCAUCUUUCCCGGUCAAGAUCCCACUCAUGUUUAUGUGGGUUGGGUUACCACCCAAUAUCAUUUGCAUAGUCGCGAUUUCAACAAGAAUAAGGUGAGACGUGGCUCUGUCUACAUUGAGGAUGACUAUGAGGUGCCCAUUGAGCGUAUCGAUCGUCAAAGUUGUUAUGUUGUUCGUGCCGAUGAGCUCUUCAACGAGGUAACUCAAGAUGCCUCGGGCAAAGGUGCCUCACAGGGCAUGUUUGUGGGUUGCUUUGUGGAUACGGCCACUGGUAUCAUUCGUUUCACCUGCGAGGGUAAGGAUACUUCACAUCGCUGGAUGAUGGAACCGGAUACCAAAUUGUUCCCAGCCAUUUUUGUGGAAGCCACUAGCAAGGAAAUCCUACAAAUCGAACUGGGACGCACUCCAACAACUCUACCGCUGUCGGCAGCUGUUCUUCCAACAAGUGAUAAGCAUAUUAAUCCUCAAUCACCACCACGUCUGAAGGUUCAAUGUUUGCGUCCGCAUCAAUGGGCACGUGUUCCGAAUUCCGCACUCCAAGUGCACGCUCUCAAACUUUCGGACAUUCGCGGUUGGUCUAUGCUAUGUGAGGAUCCUGUAUCCAUGUUAGCCCUGCACAUACCCGAAGAAGAUCGCUGCAUUGAUAUCCUAGAGCUGAUUGAAAUGGAUAAGCUACUCUCUUUCCAUGCCCACACGUUGACCUUGUAUGCCGCCUUGUGUUAUCAGUCCAAUUAUAGGGCAGCUCAUGCCUUGUGCCAGCAUGUGGAUCAGAAACAAUUGCUCUAUGCCAUACGUUCAGAAUAUAUGAGUGGUCCGCUACGACAGGGUUUCUAUGACUUGCUCAUAGCCUUGCAUUUGGAGUCUCAUGCCACUACAAUGGAGGUUUGCAAGAAUGAGUAUAUCACACCAUUGGGAGUGGAACUUAAAGAGCUAUAUAGCGAUGAUGAGAUGAAGCAUUCUUUGCGUUCUUUGGUCACUGAGUCAGUACGUCCUCAGCUACGCAUGACGGAAAUCACACCCCCUGUGAUUGCCACAUCUAGUAUGCCAAGUGUUUCCAGUGAACCAAUACCCAACAUCGAUCAGUUGUACUCCCCGAAAUUCCCCUUAGAAGUAGUCAGGGAAUUUGUGAUGGAAGCUUUAAAAGAUGCUGUGGAAAUCAAUCAAGUACACAAUCGUGAUCCAAUCGGUUGGACAAAUGAGAACCUAUUCUUACCCCUCAUUAAGCUAACGGAUCGUUUGCUCUUGGUUGGAGUACUCACUGAUGAAGACGUACAAAAACUUUUGGUCAUGGUUGAUCCAGAGACAUGGGAUGCCACUUUUGAAAAAGAGGGCAAAGAUGAACAUACCAAGGGAUUGCUUACCAUGAAAAUGGCCGAGGGAGCAAAGCUUCAAAUGUGCUAUCUGUUGCAUCAUCUCUAUGACACUCAAUUGCGUCAUCGCGUUGAAAGUAUAAUUGCCUUUUCUCAUGAUUUUGUAGGUGAUCUGCAAACCGAUCAGUUGCGACGUUAUAUCGAGAUCAAACAAUCCGAUUUGCCUAGUGCUGUGGCAGCCAAAAAGACAAAGGAGUUCCGCUGUCCGCCCAGAGAGCAAAUGAAUCAAAUUCUAUGCUUCAAAAAUUUAGAGGCAGACGAUCAGGACAAUUGUACAUGUGGCCUUGAGUUGCGUAGUCGUUUGGGCGAUUUCCAUGAUAGUCUAAUGCAAAAGGUUUCGUUGAAUGCUCUGCAAGAGCCGGAUGGUACCGAAAGCACUGCGAUCGAAGAAAUUAAAACGGGACCCAUUACAAAAAUCUAUAAUUUCAUUAACACGGUCAAGGAGUUGGAGGAGGGACCCAAAGAGGUGGAGGAGCCUGAGAAAAAGACACCCGAAGAAGUAUUCCGCAAGGUGUUGAUUAAAACCAUUGUCAGUUGGGCCGAAGAAUCACAGAUUGAGAAUCCCAAAUUGGUGCGUGAAAUGUUUAGUUUGCUCUUGCGUCAAUACGAUACAGUUGGUGAGCUAGUGCGGGCCCUGGAGAAGACCUAUGUGAUCAAUAAUCGUGCACGCGACGAUGUGGCCGAAAUGUGGGUGGGUUUGAGUCAAAUACGUGCUUUGCUGCCCGUCCAAAUGAGCCAGGAAGAGGAAGAACUGAUGCGUAAGCGUCUCUGGAAACUAGUGAAUAAUGCCACAUUCUUCCAACAUCCCGAUUUGAUACGUAUACUGCGUGUGCACGAGAACGUCAUGGCUGUCAUGAUGAAUACAUUGGGACGUCGGGCUCAAGCCCAAAGCGAUGCCCCAGCCACCCAGGCAGAAGGAGCUCUAGGUGGAGAAGGUGGUGCACCUUCCAAAGAGAAAGAUACCUCCCACGAAAUGGUUGUGGCCUGUUGCCGCUUCCUUUGCUACUUCUGUCGCACAGGACGACAGAAUCAGAAGGCUAUGUUUGAUCACUUUGAUUUUCUACUUGACAAUGCCAAUAUCCUGCUGGCUCGACCAAGUUUGCGCGGCUCCACUCCACUGGAUGUGGCCUAUUCGAGCUUAAUGGAGAACACAGAACUAGCUCUGGCACUGAGGGAACAUUAUCUAGAGAAAAUUGCUGUUUAUUUGUCACGUUGCGGUCUACAAAGCAAUUCGGAGCUUGUUGAGAAAGGUUAUCCCGAUCUUGGCUGGGAUCCUGUAGAGGGUGAAAGAUAUCUGGACUUUUUACGCUAUUGCGUUUGGGUGAACGGCGAGAGUGUCGAGGAGAAUGCCAACCUUGUCAUUCGUCUUCUUAUCCGUCGUCCAGAAUGCUUGGGGCCGGCUCUAAGAGGAGAAGGAGAAGGUCUCUUCCGCGCCAUUGUCGAAGCGAAUCGCAUGUCGGAGCGUAUAUCCGAUCGUUGUAAAAUGCAGGAUGAGGCCGAAGGUACUAUUGCAGGUCUUAAUUUUACUCAUCCCCUGCCCGAAAGCGAAGAGGAUGAGGAUUAUAUUGAUACUGGCGCCGCCAUUUUGAAUUUCUAUUGUACACUCGUUGAUCUACUGGGCCGUUGUGCCCCCGAUGCCUCCGUCAUUGAGCAGGGCAAAAACGAGUCACUGAGAGCUAGAGCUAUUUUGAGAUCUCUGGUGCCACUGGAGGAUCUGCAGGGUGUGCUCAGUUUGAAAUUCACCCUAAAUCAAACCGCACCCGGCGAGGAGAAACCGAAAUCGGAUAUGCCCUCGGGCCUACUGCCAAAUAAUAAGCAGAGUAUUGUAUUAUUCCUGGAACGUGUGUAUGGCAUCGAGCAGCAGGAUCUCUUCUAUCGCCUACUGGAAGACGCCUUUCUGCCCGAUCUGCGCACGGCAACCAUAUUGGACAAGAGUGAUGGCAGUGAAAGUGACAUGGCAUUAGCCAUGAAUCGUUACAUAGGCAAUUCGAUUUUGCCAUUGUUAAUUAAGCACUCAAAAUUCUAUAAUGAGGCUGAAAACUAUGCCAGUCUACUGGAUGCCACACUGCACACGGUCUAUAGACUAUCAAAGAACCGUAUGCUAACCAAGGGUCAACGCGAGGCCGUAUCCGAUUUCCUAGUGGCGCUGACCUCCCAAAUGCAACCUGCCAUGCUGCUGAAGCUGCUGCGCAAGUUGACUGUGGAUGUGUCCAAGCUAUCUGAAUAUACGACAGUGGCGCUCAGGCUACUCACACUGCACUUCGAUCGCUGUGCCAAGUACUAUGGCUCAACUCAAGGCCAAGGCUCCUAUGGGGCAUCCUCUGAUGAGGAGAAACGUCUGACUAUGUUGCUGUUCUCCAACAUUUUUGACUCGCUCAGCAAUAUGGACUACGAUCCGGAACUGUUCGGUAAAGCCCUUCCAUGCCUUAUCGCCAUUGGCUGUGCCCUGCCACCCGAUUAUAGUUUGUCUAAGAAUACGGAUGAAGAUUAUUAUGGCCGUCAAAUGGGUGCACCCGAUCAACCGCAAUAUGUACCCAACCCUAUCGAUACCAACAAUGUGCAUCUCGACAACGAUCUGAAUUCGUUGGUGCAAAAGUUCAGCGAACAUUAUCACGAUGCCUGGGCUAGUCGCCGCUUGGAAGGUAGCUGGACGUAUGGUGAAGUUCGUUCGGAUGCGGAACGUAAACAUCCCCGCCUUAAGCCCUACAAUAUGCUAAGUGAAUAUGAAAGGGAACGUUAUCGUGAUCCAGUAAGGGAAUGCCUGAAGGGUCUAUUAGCCAUUGGCUGGACGGUGGAGCAUUCCGAAGUGGAUGUACCACUCAAUCAUCGUGGCUCGACGCGUCGUCAAUCCAAGCCUCAAAUUCAUGAUUUUCAGAACGAGGGCAGUCCCUUCAACUAUAAUCCCCAUCCAGUGGAUAUGAGCAAUUUGACCCUCAGUAGGGAAAUGCAAAAUAUGGCUGAACGUUUGGCAGAGAAUUCCCAUGAUAUUUGGGCCAAGAAAAAGAACGAGGAACUCAAUGGUUGCGGUGGUGUGAUACAUCCACAAUUGGUGCCUUAUGACUUGCUGACCGAUAAGGAAAAGAAAAAGGAUCGUGAGCGUUCACAGGAGUUCCUUAAAUAUAUGCAAUAUCAGGGUUACAAGUUGCACAAGCCCUCAAAGGGUGGAGUUGUUGAGGGUGAAGGUGGCGUUACCCAAGCUGCCGUUGAACUGAGAUUCUCUUAUUCGCUGUUGGAGAAACUUAUUCAAUAUCUUGAUCGUGCCACUAUUAACAUGAAAUUGCUGAAACCUUCGACCACAUUCAGUCGUCGCACAUCAUUUAAGACUGCUUCGCGGGAUAUUAAAUUCUUCUCGAAGGUCGUUCUGCCGCUGAUGGAGAAAUAUUUCUCAACGCAUCGUAAUUAUUUCAUAGCCAUUGCCACGGCCACUAACAACAUCGGAGCAGCCUCACUAAAGGAGAAGGAAAUGGUUGCAUCGAUAUUCUGUAAGUUGGCCGCCUUGUUGCGCAAUCGUUUGAGUGCUUUUGGUCCGGAUGUCCGUAUCACAGUGCGUUGUCUGCAAGUGCUGGUCAAGGGCAUCGAUGCCAAGACUUUGACCAAAAAUUGUCCAGAAUUUAUACGCACCUCUAUGCUGACAUUCUUCAAUCAGACAUCCGAUGAUCUGGGUAAUACCAUAUUGAAUUUACAAGAUGGCAAAUAUAGUCAUUUACGUGGCACUCAUCUGAAGACUUCCACUUCAUUGGGCUAUGUCAAUCAGGUGGUUCUACCGGUGCUUACGGCAAUGUUUGAUCAUUUGGCUGCCUGUGAUUAUGGCAGUGAUUUGCUGUUGGAUGAAAUUCAAGUGGCUUCAUAUAAAAUUCUAGCUGCUCUCUAUCAUUUGGGCACAGAUGCCACUCUUACCCAUGAUCGCAAGUACUUGAAGACAGAGAUUGAACGUCAUAGGCCAGCUUUGGGUUCUUGUCUGGGCGCCUAUAGCUCUUGCUUCCCUGUGGCCUAUUUGGAGCCACAUCUCAAUAAGCAUAAUCAGUACUCGCUGCUCAAUCGUAUUGCUGAUCAUUCACUGGAGGCUCAGGAUAUUAUGGUGAAAAUGGAGAGCUGUAUGCCCAAUUUGGAGACCAUUCUGAGUGAAGUGGAUCAGUUUGUGGAGUCAGAUAAGACCUAUAAUGAUGCUCCGCAUAUUAUUGAUGUUAUUUUGCCUUUGCUGUGCGCUUACUUGCCUUUCUGGUGGUCCCAGGGUCCGGAUAAUGUUAGUCCCACUAGUGGUAAUCAUGUGACCAUGGUCACAGCCGAUCACAUGAAUCCUUUGCUAAGGAAUGUCCUGAAAAUGAUCAAAAAGAACAUUGGCAACGAUAAUGCACCCUGGAUGACACGCAUUGCUGCCUAUACCCAGCAGAUUAUUAUCAAUACCUCAGAGGAGUUGCUUAAGGAUCCAUUCCUCCCACUGGCAGAGCGUGUCAAGAAACGUACUGAGAAUAUGCUACACAAGGAGGACAGUAUGCGCGGCUUUAUUAAAUCGGCCACCGAUGAUACUUCUCAAGUGGAAACACAGCUUCAAGAGGAUUGGAAUCUUUUAGUACGCGAUAUAUACUCGUUCUAUCCCUUGCUCAUCAAAUACGUAGAUUUGCAGCGUAAUCAUUGGCUUAAAGACAAUAUUCCCGAGGCCGAAGAGCUGUACAAUCAUGUGGCGGAAAUUUUCAAUAUUUGGUCCAAGAGUCAAUACUUCCUCAAGGAGGAGCAAAACUUUAUUUCGGCCAAUGAAAUUGAUAAUAUGGCUCUCAUAAUGCCCACGGCCACACGUCGUUCGGCCAUUUCUGAGGGAGUUCCCGCCGUGGGCGGCAAGGUGAAGAAAAAGAAGAAGAAUCGCGACAAGAAACGUGACAAGGACAAGGAAGUGCAGGCUAGUCUUAUGGUUGCCUGCCUCAAACGUCUUCUGCCCGUGGGACUUAAUCUAUUUGCUGGCCGAGAACAGGAAUUGGUUCAACAUUGCAAGGAUCGUUAUUUGAAAAAAAUGACCGAAUACGAUGUCAUUGAAUUUGCACGUAUGCAAUUAACUUUGCCCGAUAAACUUGAUCCCUCCGAUGAGAUGUCAUGGCAGCAUUAUCUAUACUCGAAACUUGGCAAAACCGAAGAACCAGUGGAUGAGCAGGCCCUGGAGAAGGCAAAUGCCAAUUCAAAUGAAAAGGGUAAAGACAAGACACAGGAAACUGUGGAUCGUAUUGUGGCCAUGGCAAAGGUUCUCUUUGGCUUGCAUAUGAUCGACCAUCCACAACAGCAGAGCAAAAAUGUCUACAGGAGCGUUGUAUCGAUACAAAGGAAACGUGCAGUUAUCGCAUGUUUCCGCCAAACAUCGUUACAUUCUCUACCCAGACAUCGGGCUUGCAAUAUCUUUGCUCGCAGUUACUAUGAACAAUGGCUGCAAGAGGAGAAUGUGGGUCAAGAGGUCAUGGUUGAGGAUCUAACACAAACAUUCGAAGAAUCUGAGAAAUCCAAAAAGGAUGAAGAGGAGACCGAUGGCAAACCUGAUCCAUUGACCCAAUUGGUUACAACAUUCUGUCGCGGUGCCAUGACCGAACGCAGUGGAGCACUUCAAGAAGAUUUGCUGUAUAUGUCCUAUGCUCAGAUAGCUGCCAAAUCCUGUGGCGAAGAGGAAGAGGAAGGCGGUGAUGAGGAGGGCGGUGAGGGUGGCGGUGGCGAAGAGGGCGAAGGCACCAGUAUCCAUGAACAAGAGAUGGAGAAGCAAAAGCUAUUAUUCCAUCAGGCUCGUCUUUCGAACCGCGGCGUUGCCGAAAUGGUGCUGUUGCACAUUUCCGCCUCCAAAGGUAUACCUUCGGAGAUGGUAAUGACAACACUCAAUCUCGGCAUUGCCAUUCUACGUGGCGGUAACAUUGACAUCCAAAUGGGUAUGUUAAAUCAUCUGAAAGAAAAGAAGGAUGUAGGUUUCUUUACCUCAAUUGCUGGGCUAAUGAAUUCGUGCAGUGUCCUGGAUUUGGAUGCCUUUGAGCGUAACACCAAAGCAGAGGAGUAUAUUCCGAGUGCGGGUGCAGGUCUUGGUGUGGGCUCCGAGGGAGCAGCAGGCGAGAAGAAUAUGCACGAUGCCGAAUUCACUUGUGCCCUGUUCCGGUUCAUUCAACUAACCAGUGAAGGCCAUAAUUUGGAAUGGCAAAACUAUUUGCGUACUCAGGCGGGUAAUACCACCACGGUCAAUGUGGUCAUCAGCACUGUGGAUUAUUUGCUGCGUCUUCAGGAAUCCAUUAUGGACUUCUAUUGGCAUUAUUCUAGCAAAGAGAUCAUUGAUCCUGCCGGCAAGGCUAAUUUCUUCAAGGCCAUUGGUGUGGCCAGUCAAGUCUUCAAUACACUCACUGAGGUCAUUCAGGGUCCUUGUACACUCAAUCAACAGGCUUUGGCCCACUCUAGGUUAUGGGAUGCUGUGGGAGGUUUUCUAUUCCUUUUCUCUCACAUGCAGGAUAAACUAUCAAAACAUUCAAGUCAGGUGGACUUGCUGAAGGAGCUGCUGAAUUUGCAAAAGGACAUGAUAACCAUGAUGCUCUCCAUGUUGGAGGGUAAUGUGGUUAAUGGAACCAUUGGUAAACAGAUGGUGGACACUCUAGUCGAAUCGGCCUCAAAUGUUGAGCUUAUUCUCAAGUAUUUCGACAUGUUCCUUAAGCUGGCUGAUUUGAUAGAAUCACCAAGUUUCCAUGAGAUUGAUAUGAAAAACGAAGGCUGGGUUACACCUAAAGAUUUUCGUGAGAAAAUGGAACAAUCCAAGAACUACACACCGGAAGAAAUGGAUUUCCUUUUGGCUUGUUGCGAACGCAAUCACGAGGGCAAAAUCGACUAUCGAGCCUUUGUGGAACGUUUCCAUGAACCAUCAAAGGAGAUUGGUUUCAACUUGGCUGUGCUGCUCACCAAUCUCAGCGAACAUAUGCCCAAUGAGCCGCGUUUGGCACGUUUCUUGGAGACGGCCGGUUCCGUUUUGAACUAUUUCGAACCCUUCCUGGGUCGCAUUGAAAUUCUGGGUAGCUCGAAACGUAUUGAGCGUGUCUACUUUGAGAUCAAGGACUCGAAUAUUGAACAAUGGGAGAAACCUCAGAUUCGUGAGUCAAAACGUGCCUUCUUCUAUUCAAUUGUCACCGAGGGUGGCGAUAAGGAGAAACUCGAAGCUUUUGUCAAUUUCUGUGAGGAUGCCAUCUUUGAGAUGACUCAUGCCUCUGGCCUGAUGGCCUCCGAUGAUGGCGGCGGUAAUGUUAAACGUGAUACGGCCUACAGUUCCUACAUGAGUGAAGAGGAGGAGGAGAGGGCUGCCAGGGAUCCGAUACGACGAACGAUUACGGCGGUAAAGGAAGGUCUGAAAUUCGGUGUCCAUAUGCUCAGUCCUUCGAAUAUCAAACACCAAAUUGGCGUGAUGCAGACCAAAUCCAUACCCGAACUGAUUGUUGGCUUCUUUAAGAUAAUCUUCUAUAUGUUCUAUUACACCGGCUAUGCGCACUUCUGUGUGGUGCGCUAUAUCUUUGGCAUACUCUUGAAUCUGAUGCGUGGUCCUGCUCCCGAGCAGGAGGAAGAACCAGUGGUGGAGGAGGAAACAUUUGGCAGAGCCUUACCGCCCCUGCCGCUGGAGGAGCCACCUGGGACGGUACAGGCAUUUGGUUUGGAUAUCAACAAAGAGGAAAAUGGCAUGUAUAAGGUUGUUGUUCAUGAAUCUCCAGCAAAUUCAUCGAUGGAAGAGGGUGGUGAAUCUAGUCCCGAAGAUGGUACUGCUCCAGGUGGUGCUGAGGGUCUCGAGGGUGGUGAACCGCAUCAGGAACCCAUUUCAAUAGUCGAUCUUUUGGGUGGUGAAGCAGCCAAAAAGGCUGCCCAAGAGCGUCAGGAGGCUCAGAAGGCACAAGAAGCGGCUAUGGCAUCGAUUGAAGCGGAGGCCAAGAAAUCCUCUGCUGCCCCCCAGGAGACUCCAGCUGUUCAUCAAAUUGAUUUCUCGCAGUACACACAUCGCGCUGUCAGCUUCUUGGCCAGAAAUUUCUACAAUCUGAAAUAUGUGGCCUUGGUCUUGGCUUUUAGCAUUAAUUUCAUGCUGCUCUUCUAUAAGGUAACCUCAUUUGCAGAAGAAUCUGAAGGCUCCGCCGAGGAGGAACUCAUCUUGGGCUCUGGUUCGGGAGCGGGUGUUGAUCUAGGCGGCGGUUCUGGUGGCGGUGGUCUAGGCUCUGGCGAUGGAGGAUCUGGCGAUGGCGAAGAUAUGGACGAUGAUAUACCCGAACUUGUGCACGUCGACGAGGACUUUUUCUACAUGGAACAUGUACUCCGUAUGGCAGCUAUGUUACACUCUCUCGUCUCGUUGGCCAUGCUGAUUGCCUACUAUCACCUCAAAGUGCCAUUGGCCAUUUUCAAGCGUGAAAAGGAAAUUGCACGUCGCUUGGAAUUCGAUGGUCUUUUCAUUGCCGAACAGCCGGAAGAUGAUGAUUUUAAAUCCCAUUGGGAUAAGCUAGUCAUUUCGGCCAAAAGUUUCCCCGUCAACUAUUGGGAUAAGUUUGUCAAGAAGAAGGUGCGACAAAAGUACAGUGAGACCUAUGACUUUGAUUCCAUAUCCAAUCUACUGGGCAUGGAGAAAACAGCCUUUGCCGCCCAGGAGAGCGAAGAGACAGGCAUAUUUAGAUACAUCAUGAACGUGGAUUGGCGCUAUCAGUUGUGGAAGGCGGGUGUUACCUUUACGGAUAAUGCUUUCCUCUAUUCGCUGUGGUACUUCAGUUUCUCUGUAAUGGGUAAUUUCAAUAAUUUCUUCUUUGCCGCCCAUUUGCUUGAUGUGGCCGUUGGAUUCAAGACAUUGCGUACGAUUUUGCAGUCCGUAACACACAAUGGCAAACAAUUGGUUCUCACGGUGAUGCUCCUGACUAUUAUAGUGUACAUCUAUACCGUGGUGGCCUUUAAUUUCUUCCGUAAAUUCUAUAUACAGGAAGAGGAUGAGGAGGUUGAUAAGAAAUGUCAUGACAUGUUGACCUGUUUUGUCUUCCAUUUGUACAAGGGUGUACGAGCUGGUGGAGGUAUUGGUGAUGAGAUCGGUGAUCCCGAUGGCGAUGACUAUGAAGUGUAUCGCAUCAUUUUCGAUAUUACCUUCUUCUUCUUUGUCAUCAUUAUCCUGUUGGCCAUUAUCCAGGGUUUGAUUAUCGACGCUUUCGGUGAGCUGCGUGAUCAAUUGGAAUCGGUCAAAGAUAAUAUGGAAUCGAAUUGUUUCAUAUGUGGUAUGGGUAAAGAUUUCUUUGAUAUAGUACCGCAUGGUUUCGAUACGCAUGUCCAGAAAGAGCAUAAUCUGGCCAAUUACAUGUUCUUCCUGAUGCAUUUGAUCAAUAAACCGGAUACUGAAUAUACCGGUCAGGAGACAUAUGUAUGGAAUAUGUAUCAACAACGAAGUUGGGACUUCUUCCCUGUGGGUGAUUGUUUCCGUAAGCAAUAUGAAGAUGAAUUAUCUGGCGGCGGUGGCGGUGGUUAAGUCCAAAAAAAUAACCUAAAGCAAAUUACUGGGCACAAAAUACAUACAAUCUAUUACUUUAUAUACA